GAGAGAGAGAGAGAGAGAGGGACAGAGAGAGAGCGAGAGAGGGAGAGUUCGGGAUUUCGCUGUAAUCAUGUUCGGAGAGUAUUGAUUUCGUGAGCGCACUCCAAUUGGCAGCAUCUCUACUAUACAGCGCCGGCGCGUCACCCUCGGUUCACAUCGACGGAACGAGUUGUAAGCAAAUGAGAACAUGUGUGGGAUCUGAGAGAGUGAGCAAAGGCAAGUGGUGAUAGAGGGGAGCAAGAGGAGGUGUGAUAAAAGCCCAUUCUGACAAGUGGAUACGAGAUUUGAUUGCCGGACUAUUUUUUUCUCUCUCUCUCUUUCUCUCCAGUAUAUUUUUCAGACAGGGAAUUUAUCGAUUCGUCACAUGCGCACGCCUCUUCAUUAUAAUUGCAGACAGUUGGGUGCUGUUCAGGCUGAAUGGACUUGAAUGUGCCGCUGCCAGCUUAAUCCGUACAGACUGGAAGAUUUAAUAAUUCACGGCAAUCACGCAUUAUCGCCUCAGUGGAUGCUCUCUACACAGCCCUUGUGAUUUUUUCCCCCCUCUUCUCCCUCUUUCUUUCCCCGAUUCUUCCUGUUGUCUUCUGGAGGGUUUAUCGACGGCUCCUUAUCUGUAAUAUCAUCUGUUGCUGCAACUGGAUUGAGAAGCCCCCAUGACUGACUCUGACACGGGUGUUUUAAGGUGAUGUAGACUGUUGAAUGAGGAGCGCUUUUUUAAACCACCGUUUGAUGAUUUACUCCAGGUAAAAUGGACAAAAAAUUAUUAUUACUUUUAUUACUUCUCCUGUCUUUACACGCGAGGUUGUGAUUCUGCUUGCAUCCAACAUGAUCCUUCUACUCCGUUGAAUUGCUUCAUAUUGAUCCAGACUGAGCUUUAAUAGCCACAUUACAAGGCAAAAAAGAAAAACGUGAAGUGGUGGUGAAGACAGCUGAAUCGUGGAGGUAUUUCCCUCCCUUUGCUAUUCCCUUUUUUUAUUUGUUUCCAACUGAAGGGUAAAUGUUGAUGAUGGAGGACGACGAAUUAGACACUCAUCAGGUUGAUUCGGAUUUCGAGCCGCAAAGCCGGCCUCGCUCAUGCACCUGGCCGCUGCCUUGCCCGCUGGAUUUCCCCGGUGGACACGAGGUGAGCGGGGGUCUUCCGCUGGCCAACAUCAAGGUGGAACCGGAGGACGUCCCGGCUUGCAGAGCGGGGCUCGUGGGCGGAACGCCGGGAGAGCUCAAGCAUCCAGCCGGCGCCCCGGCACCCACAGGCGCGACGCACCCAUGCUUGGCUGGCGCGGCGCUGGAUGUGACCGGACCCCUGCGCAAAGCCAAAUCCUCGCGGCGGAACGCGUGGGGGAACCAGUCCUACGCGGAUCUCAUUACCCGCGCCAUUGAGAGCACCCCAGAAAAGAGACUCACGCUGUCACAGAUAUACGACUGGAUGGUCCGUUAUGUGCCCUAUUUCAAGGAUAAGGGCGACAGUAAUAGCUCAGCUGGCUGGAAGAACUCUAUUCGACACAACUUAUCCCUCCACACACGCUUUAUCCGGGUGCAGAAUGAGGGGACUGGAAAGAGUUCAUGGUGGAUGCUGAACCCUGAUGGAGGGAAGAUGGGCAAGGCCCCCCGAAGACGAGCAGUCUCUAUGGACAACAGCACCAAAUACCUAAAAAGCAAAGGCCGUAUUAGAGGCAAGAGGGUUGGCCGUCCUGGGAUUGGAGCGGGGUCUGCUGUGGUGGGGCUUCAGAGUUCUCCAGACCAUGGCAGUCCACCUCGGAAAGGCCUCCCACAAGCGGGAGGUGCAACUGGGACAGAUGGAGAAUUUGAUGCUUGGACAGACCUCCAUUCCAGGGCUAGUUCGUCAGCCUCCACCCUGAGUGGGCGUCUGUCACCCAUCCUUGCUGAGGGAGAACCAGAGGAACCAGAGGAGGGUGUUCUGUCCUGCUCCACCUCCCCUCACCUGUACCCCUCACCAACUAGUGCCCGCUCUCCAUCCAUGGGGGCAGGGAAUCACUGUCCUCCCCUUGAGCAGCUUCCUCAGCUGGCUAGCCUGACAGGCGCCAUCAGUCUAGAUGAGCAGAUGAUUGAGGAUGGUUACCAUCAUCAUCGUCCACAGCAGCAGCAACAUCAGCAGCAUCCUUCUGUUGGCAGACAUAAGCACCAAACCCCUGUUUAUCACUACAGCUCUGGAGUGAAAGGACAGAGCUCCUACGGUGCAGGCGUCUAUGGGACGACAGGCAUUGGGAUGCUGCGCCAUCAUUCACCCAUGCAGACCAUUCAGGAGAACAAGCCAGCCAGUUUCUCUGGAACCAUGCGGGCAUACUCCAGCACCAAUGCUCUGCAGAGUCUUCUAACAGGGGGUCCAGCUGGGCAGCAAUACUGUUCUAAGGACAUGAUGCUAGGACAGGAUAGGGAAAGCCAUUCUAUGAUGGGCCAAGCUACUAAUGGUGUAGCAUCCAGUCAUCACAGCCACCACCCUGGGCACCACAAUGGCCACAGUCACAAUGGACCUCAUAGUCACAGCUCAGCUCAUAGCCAUAACAGAACUCACAGCCAUACUUCUAGUCAUAACCACAGCAAUGUAACCAACCACAACCACAACUCACCUCACAGCCUCACUCACAAUGGUCACAGCCUCAACCAGAGCCAUAACCAUACACCGCCCAGGGCUGCAGCCCUGACUCCACAUGGCAGCAGCAAUCAGUUGCAGACCUACAACCACAAAGCUCCCUAUUUGUACAGUCCCCCAUCACAUGCCCACCUUCCUGCUUCUACCACUCUCCCCCCAAACCCUGCAGGCAUGCUUGGCAUGCCACAAGACUCCUGUCAUGUGGCCACCGCUCCGCACCCACGUCACAACCAUUAUCCAGAUCCACAACCCCUAGGCAUGACAAAUGGAUCAUACCACCAUGGCCAGGGAAUGGGCAAUGGUAGCAGUGGUAGCAACUACCAUGGCUAUCACCAACCUCACCCUCAUGAGAGACUACCAGCUGACCUAGACAUUGACAUGUUCCAUGGUAGUUUGGACUGUGAUGUGGAGUCCAUCCUACUUCAUGACAUUAUGGACUCUGGAGAGGAGAUGGACUUCAACUUUGACUGCUCCCUAGCCCAGGGGGUGGGGAUUGGCAUGGGAAUGGGCAUGGGUGUGACCAUGGGCAUGGGCAUGGGCAUGGGCAUGGGAAUGAGCGGACUGGCUUGUCCUCAGCAAGCCCACAGCAACCAGAGUUGGGUGCCUGGCUGAGGUCAAGGAUAGCACAUCCUGCCCUCAGAAAGAACUAUACUACCCAUGAAGCACUGUGCUCAACUGUGACAUUCCUGACUUGACACAAAGACUAUAGGACCAACACUCCCAUGUCUCUUUGUUGUCUUGACAAUUCCUCUGUCACCCCUCCUCUUUUGAUCUCCCUCUCCCUGAGAGAUCUAGUUCAUGUCACAUUAAGUUUUUCUUCAUAUCAUCUAUACUGUGAUGACAAUCUCUCAACUGUGCUUGCCCAACAUCGCUUCUCAUCUACCAUGAGAACUGAACUCUGAAUGCACUUUAUUGCAAGUGGGUCACAUCUCGCGGUGCAAUGCCUUCACAGAGCAGCUCAGGCAGAGCUUGGCAUGUUUUGUAAGAUGGCUGCAGCAUUUGACAGGAGCGAAUGAGGAAAUCACAAACUCUGUUGAUAAAAAUGUCAGAUUUAGGCACUGAAAUAAAUUUAGAUUUUUUUUCUUGUUUCCACAAUUUUUUGUUCAACAAAUCCAUAGUUCUAAUUGAUCAUUGUUUUUUAAAAUUGAGUGUUCAGCAGAGAUCCUUAGACAUCGCCUGUUCUUCACCAAAGUCUUACCAAAUUAAAAAUCUGAAUUAAUACAGUGUUUCUUAUUUGACACAGUAUAUUUACAUAUUCAUAAGUUCCAGAUAAUUAUCUUACAACAGCAGCCCUGUUAUACUUUCACGCAUUUAGUCCUUGGUAUUUUAAAUUAUCUCUUGGAUGUAAUGUUUUGUUAAUGCCCUUUUGCCAUUGGUUAGAGAAUAUUGUCACCAUGUCAUUAAAAGAAUUCUAUCAUUAGUGGCUAGCAGGCAAUUUGGUGAAUUAAAAUGUCAUAUCACCUUGUAUUACCUGGACUUCUCUCUCUUUCACUCUCUCCUUCUCUCCCUCUCUUGCUCUCUCUGCCUGCCAGUGGAGACAAAGUGACCAUUCCUCACACCAGGCUAUUAAUGUAGCUUGAUUGAAAUUCAGCAUCUUGCUUUUAAUCUCCAAAGUGAUGCGGCAGCGAUGUGUCAUUAUUGAGAAUCUAACGUGUUGUCCUCCCAUCUCUCACCCCGGCCGUCCGGGCCACCGCUUGCCUCUCCAACUUAAUGCGCCAAGAAAGUGAGACAAAAUGGUGAUUAACGCCAAGUCAUUCUGCCUGCCGUGCUACUCUGAGAAGGGGCCAAUGUCACUGUCCGCUUGCCUGCUCAAAGAGGGUAAAAAAAAAGGAAAAGAUGGAGACAAGGAUAGAACAAAAGCCUGUCGUUGCAGUGGGAUCAAUCAUCAGCCUCGGUUUCCAUGCUCUUUGGAUGUGUGUGUCUGAAAACAGAUAGUGUAUCCAUAUUGUAAAUCAUUUCCAUUAUCUGUAUUUUAUUCCCGUGUUCCCAUGUUUUCAGUGCUUAUACCCAGAGCUUCAAAUACUUAAAUAGUUGCAAAGGGAGAGAUUUAGGGAGACACAAUCAGCCAAUCUGAGUGGCAUGAGUCUACAUCAAACAGGGUUGUAAUGCCCCACAGCCAUCCACAUCCACUUUUUGUGUGUUUGUUCUGUUGUCUUGUAGUUGUUGUUGUAUUGUUGAAAUUCUAAAGGCCAAUGAGGACAGCACUGAAAAUCUAUGGUUUAAGGAUGAAAUCCAUUGGUGAAACGAUGUUGGUAGUGCAGUAUGACCUUCCUAAGCUCCAAUACUGUACACCCCUCCCACAUGUUCUCUGAUCAGUUGUUUCAGUGUUUGUGAGUGCGGGAGUCUGCAGCUUGUUUCUCACUGGCCUUGAAAGAGAAAAAAGAGGACAUCCCUAUUCUCUAGUUCCUUCAAGGAGACUCUCUGGACUUGGUCUGUACCAAGAACAACACACAAAAGAAAAGCUGGGGGGUGAGGGUGGGGUGGGGGUUAUUGUUGCAGCCAAAGGUCAAGCACGGCACAGACUAUCAGACCCAUUAUCGAGGUAAAUACCUUUAUUUCAGGGCUUUUAGAUGCGCUGGUUUUAGUUCAUCUCUGUGUGGAAAAAGUGUGGAGUUUUAUAAGCAACUGGGCCUCACAAAGCAGUUAUGUUAUAUCCUGUGCUACAGACGUUUAGCGAUGCCCUGCUGUUGGAAAGAGAGCUAUAUAUGAUGUCUAAUUUUCCUAUAUUUAUUUAUGAAAGAGAUUGGUCUUUGUCACUCUUAAAUGUGGUAGUUGUUUGAGUCAACUCCUGUCCCUUCCUCUUUUUUUUCUCUGUUUUUUAAGAUAUCACUCUCCUUUUGCCCUUUUACUGACUUUUAUUUUGUACAAAAUCUAUAUAUUAAAAAUAUUGUAUAAUAGUUUUUAAAAUCUCAAAGGAAUAUCAGUUUUGUUGUCUAUUUCUUUUUUUAAGAGAAUGUAUCUCAUCAUCUGGUGACUGUUAAAUAAAUGAAAUUAAAAGAAGAUAA